UUGCCGCCGCUGCUGCUGGUAGAAGUCCGGGGGAUGCAGUGAGAGGAGCAGGCAGAGCCGUGUUGUUGUCUGUGGUCGGGGAAGCUUCCUUCCUUCCGGCACCUCUCUCCUCCAGCUCGGCUCCUGUCUCCUCCUCCCGCCGGCUCUCCGUGGUGCUGAAAUCUGGGCCGGUCCCCGGGCGGGCCCUGCUACAAGCCGGCUGUGUAGGAGAAGCGGCGGCAGGCUGUGUGUGCGGAGCAGGCCUGCUCGGUGUCCGUCUGUACCGCCGAUAGCCGGAGAGCCCCGGAGCUGUACUGCAGAGCCCGCUUCUGGAAGGACACCACUCCAAAGGCUGGCAUGACUGGCAGCACCCUGCACCCCACACGGGCACCCCCACACUGGGCACACUGACACCCACAGUAGUCGCACCUGUGCUGAAGGGGCCAUCACUUUCCAGAGACCUCGUGAAACUUUGGAGCUAGCCUGUGUGGUGAGACCACCCUGCACCCCCUGGGGAAGGACUAUAGGGACAGUUCUGAUCCACAGAUGACUCUCUUGUCUUUGUGAAAGAGACCCUGAGCAGAUUAUUACUCCAUGGAUUUGUGAAAGACCCCUCAGGAAAUGGCCAAGAACCCAAAACUGCAGGGUUUCCCCACUUUACAGUGUCCCUCAAAGUUUGGUGGAAUGGCUGGUUGGUGAGUCCUCCCAAAGAAGACCCCCCCAUCCUGGAGAAUCUGCUCACCUGCUGACUUGGAUGAGACCUCCCAGGAAGAAGACCCUAUUUGUGAGAUCUUAUGGCCUCAGGGGGCCAAACUAAGACUUCGGUAUUGGUGAGACCAGCACUCCUUUAGGAUUACUGAUACUCUCUGGAGCCCCCCUUUGUUUGAGAGAGGUCUAUAAGAAGGGGAACCGUCUUUGUGAGACUGCUGGCUUGAAGGCACCUAAGAGCUCCUCAUACUUUCCUGGAGAUCUAGACUGGUGGUAAAGCCUUCAGAGAAGGUUCACCCUAGCCAGACCCCCUCUCAUCUUUCUGUCUAUGUGAAUUUUAUAGGAAAUGAACAGUUUGUCACAUGCCAAGAGAUGCAAGGACAUUGUUUUAUGGAGAGCUUCUUCUAAGUAUCUCACCCUGUUGGUGACAUCAGCUUUGCUCCAUCAAAGGAGAAAGGACAUCUAAGAGGGACCCAUGAAAUAAAUCCACUGGUUGGACAGGUAGAUCCUUAAUUAAUAUAUUAGUGAGACCUUUAUAUGUUGUUUCCAGCCUUUGCUAUGACACCUAAAAGGAAAUUUAGCAUGCUCAUAAUUCCACCUUGCUAAGUCAAUGUUCUUCGUGUGCAUAAAGACUUUACCUUUGACUUCCCCUGAGACAUCCCAUUCUUGAGACUUGUGCAGCUGUGCAUUGCCUAACACUCUUGCAUCAGGACCAGAGACAUCUAGAUCCUAAAGAACCAAGGACAAGUGUGGUUUAGUCAAGUCCCUUGAGAUCUAUCAAUAUGGCAAUGUCUGUCCCUCCAGAUACAGGCACCUAGCACUUGGACAGCUCACAGUCUCCAGAGAACCUUCUCUCAGCAGAUUAAAACAAGGAGUUUAACAUGCUGGUGGAACAAGGGGCGAUGCUUCCGGCGUAGGAACCACCCUGAGGUUUUAGGAUAGCCCAAUUCUGAGAGAAUGCUGGGAUUCUGCAGGGGGAGAAGAAAGUUCCUGGCUGCCUCUCUCACUCUCCUUUUUGUUCCAGCCAUCACCUGGAUUUACCUCUUCACUGGAAACUUUGGCGAUGGAAAGGCCGUCUCCCUGUCUCCGCUGGACACCCAGCCUCACAGUCCUCGUUAUUCCUCCUCCGGUCAGCGAGAGAGCCUGGAGGUGCGUGUACGGGAAGUGGAGGAGGAAAACCGUGUCCUGCGCAAGCAGCUUAGUCUGCUCCAGAAAAGUGGCACUUCACAUCGCCUCAGCAACCGCUCCAAAACCUACUCCAUGGAGGAAGGGACCGGUGACAGCGAGAGCCUGCGAGCAGGAAUCGUGGCUGGGAACAGCUCCGAGUGUGGCCAGCAACCAGUGGUGGAGAAAUGCGAGACAAUCCACGUUGCAAUUGUGUGCGCCGGCUACAAUGCCAGUCGAGAUGUUGUCACCCUGGUGAAGUCUGUCUUAUUUCACAGGAGGAACCCUCUUCACUUCCACCUCAUCGCAGACACGAUCGCCAAACAGAUCCUAGCCACACUUUUUCAGACAUGGAUGGUGCCCGCAGUACGUGUGGAUUUUUAUGAUGCCGAUGAACUGAAGUCCGAGGUAUCAUGGAUUCCGAACAAACAUUACUCAGGAAUAUACGGGCUCAUGAAGCUGGUGCUUACCAAGACUCUUCCGGCCAGCCUAGAGCGGGUCAUUGUCCUAGACACGGACAUCACCUUUGCCACGGACAUCGCUGAGCUGUGGGCCGUCUUUCACAAGUUCAAAGGACAACAGGUUCUUGGCCUGGUGGAGAAUCAGAGUGACUGGUACUUGGGGAAUCUGUGGAAGAACCAUCGGCCAUGGCCAGCUCUUGGUAGAGGAUACAACACAGGGGUGAUUCUUCUGCUUCUGGACAAGCUGCGUAAGAUGAAAUGGGAGCAGAUGUGGCGUCUGACGGCUGAACGGGAACUAAUGAGCAUGCUGUCUACCUCCUUGGCUGAUCAGGACAUCUUCAACGCUGUCAUAAAGCAGAACCCUUUCCUGGUGCAUCAGCUCCCUUGUUUCUGGAACGUGCAGCUGUCAGAUCACACCCGCUCCGAGCAAUGUUACCGAGACGUCUCCGAUCUGAAGGUCAUCCACUGGAAUUCUCCGAAAAAGCUUCGGGUAAAAAACAAGCAUGUAGAGUUCUUCCGCAACCUCUACCUGACCUUCCUGGAGUAUGAUGGGAACCUCCUGCGGAGGGAGCUGUUCGGCUGUCCCAGUGAAACUGACGUCAACAGCGAAAAUCUCCAGAAACAGCUGUCUGAGCUGGAUGAGGAUGACUUGUGCUAUGAGUUCAGGCGAGAGAGAUUCACAGUCCACCGCACUCACCUCUACUUUCUGCACUAUGAAUACGAGCCAACACCUGACAACGCAGAUGUUACACUGGUGGCCCAGCUCUCCAUGGACAGACUUCAAAUGUUGGAAGCCAUCUGCAAACACUGGGAGGGCCCCAUCAGCCUGGCUCUGUACCUCUCAGACGCAGAGGCCCAGCAGUUCCUCCGCUAUGCACAGGGCUCCGAGGUGCUGCUCAACCGGCGAAAUGUGGGCUACCAUAUUGUGUACAAAGAAGGACAGUUCUAUCCAGUCAACCUGUUGCGGAACGUAGCCAUGAAACACGUCAGCACUCCGUACAUGUUCCUGUCGGACAUAGACUUUCUACCAAUGUACGGACUCUACGAGAGCCUCAGGAAAUCCAUUGUGCAGCUAGAUAUGGCGAACACCAAGAAAGCUUUGAUCAUCCCAGCCUUUGAAACUCUUCGCUACCGGCUCUCAUUCCCUAAGUCUAAAGCAGAACUGUUGUCCAUGCUGGAUAUGGGGACUCUAUUCACCUUUAGGUACCAUGUCUGGACCAAAGGCCACGCCCCCACUAACUUUGCAAAAUGGCGGACUGCGACGACCCCUUACAAGGUGGAAUGGGAAGCAGAUUUUGAACCAUACGUGGUCGUCAGGCGGAACUGCGCAGAGUAUGACCGAAGAUUUGUUGGGUUUGGGUGGAACAAAGUGGCCCAUAUUAUGGAGCUGGAUGCACAGGAAUAUGAAUUUACAGUGCUGCCCAAUGCCUACAUGAUCCAUAUGCCACAUGCUCCAAGCUUCGAUAUCACCAAGUUCCGCUCGAACAAGCAAUAUAGAAUCUGUUUGAAGACACUGAAGGAAGAGUUUCAGCAGGACAUGUCCCGUCGUUAUGGCUUCACAGCUCUCAAAUACCUCACUGCUGAGAACAACAGCUAAUAAGACUGGGGAAGAGGAGAUUAUUUGUGCCUGAUGUCUGCAACGAAGAACUGGAGGGCAUUAUGUCGGCCAUGUUGGCUGGAGGUUGCCAUUUUUAAUUGAAACCCUGGAUUGUUUAUUUAGGGUUUCAAGAACCUUUAGGUUCUUUCCCUUCUCUCCCAGGUGAGAUAAUUGAAAGUUUAGGCAGCUGCGAAUGAGUGUGGAGCAACAACCUGGGGCGUGAGACGUUUGCAUUUGCACAGGAUCUAGCAAUCAAGGCUUAUGUUUUCUUGGUCUAAGAAUGAACCUAGCAUUGUCUCUCUUAUUGUGAGAUUCACUCACAGGGCAGCCAACUUAACCUUCCAUUAAAUGUCAGAGGUUUCACGUGGAGUAAGGAUUAGAACCACUUUCUCAGACUUGGCUCCAGGAGACUAACAACAAACGCAGAAGGGACAGAUGUAGGAUUUGGCCUGAAGAUCUGCUGGGCAGCUUGUGCCAGUGUUGGCCCGUCCUUCAAAAAUUUGGCCAAGCUCUCAGUCUCUAUCAAAUUGCCAUAACAGCAUCUGAUCGCAGAGAGAAAAUGAAUUGUUUCUCAUUUUCCUGCAGAGCCAAAGCAGACUGUGUUGGAGAGCAGUGCAGCGCUAAAGCUCAGGCAGCAAAUGCUCUUUUGCUGUUGGCCUGCAGGUGGCCAAACCACGAAGGACUACUUGUGUUUCUAAUGCUUAAUGCAAAAGACAAAUAAAUAUAUACAUAAUAGCAGUGUUCACCUUGUAAAGAUCCAAAGGGCAUUUCUUUCUAUUUUUGUAUUUUAUUCUCCCCCCUGUAUAAAAGAAUUAAAGACAUGCCUUGUUAUCUGUACACUAGCUGUUCAACAAACUUACUGUUGACAAUAAGAGCUGCCGCAUGACCAUAGUGGCCGGACUGACUUUAGCCACCUGUGGGAUCCCUCUGGAAAGUGAACAUAGUACAGUGAUCGCAGGAUUCCAGAUGUCUCCAAAAGCUGACAUACCUGAAAUCGUCUUGGGAAGUAAAGGAGAUCUAGCUUGGCCCACCGGAUAAAAAAAAAAGUUUGCAGUGGGAAAAUCUGGCUACUCCUUGUCCUGGUGUCAGGUCUCUUGUUUUUCUCUAAUUAGAAAUAUAACUGCGAGCGGGCCAGCGGUCACAGAAUAUUGAUGAGUCUGGACUUAUGAGGCCGUCGCCAUCUAAACUGUGACAUGUUCACUUUCUGCUUGUGAAAUUGUAAUCCCUUCCCAGAGUAACAUUACUAUGCAAUGUUUUCCUGGAAAAACAAGAUUUGUUAGGAUCAGUUCUGGUCAGUUUGAUAGUAAAGAAUGGAAGGAUUGGCGUUAAGAAUGGUUAUCCAUAAAGCCCCCCCCACCCAAAAAAAAGGUAAAACGCAAACAAAAUCUUGACCGCUGUAAUGACUACUAGAGGUUACGUCCCGCCCAAGAGAUGAUCAUUCGCCUUUUCCUUUGUGAAGCUGGGAAGCUUAACCUAAAAGGACUUUACCACUGUUUUUUUUAUACUAUUCAGUAUUAUUUGUCAUGUUUACAAAGGGAACGUUAGGUCUAAUGCACUAGUCAGGCCGAUGGGCUUCUUGUUAAAAAAUGAACAUUUGUGCUCAGAGGUAAGAAAACACACCAUGUCCUCUUCUCACUCAUUUGCAGCAUCAGGAAUAAAUUGUGAUACCUGUUUUCA